AUGAAGGUCACAGUUGCGUUUGGCGAAAUGAAGAUUGUUGUUCCCUGUGGAUCCGGUGAUUUUUCGGUUAAAGAAUUGGCUGCAAAGGCUGUUUAUAGGAUGAAGCAUUCUAUGAAGUCUUCAUCAGAUUUGGAUAGGAUAUUAGUUCAAAGCUUGUCGGUAUCUCGUGAUGGUGGUAUUUUGGACUGGGAUGACCUGGUUUCCGAUGUUUUGGACGACCGUGAACAGCUUGUGGCACAGUACUCCAUUGAGUCGAGCCUCCACGGACCUGCUUUUUCAUCGCCUUCGUUCACACCCGCUCCUACCUUGGCACCUCUUGUAUUUGAAAUCUCCCGGAUCCAUCAUCCCCCUGGGGAUCAGGAUCCCGGCAGCAGCAACAGCAAGGUGCUGCUCAGCCACGCACGUAUUGGAUACAGUAACGUCGCAGAUAGUUCGAGCAGCAGUCUCAGUCUCAGCUCAGGGAGCUUGGGUGGUGGAGGCGCUGGGAGUGGCGGUGGUGUGGGAAGUAAUACCCUUCAUCAUCAGCAUCACCACCACCAAUUAUCUCGGAACCCACAUGAACAAUACAUUGCUUCAUGCCGACACCCGCGAGCAUCUGAGUACCCCAAUCACCAAAAUUAUCACCAUUCAAUUGCUUAUCAGCACCCCGUAAAUGAAAUUGAGAUCUCUUCUGCAGGCAUUUUUGAAGACCAAAAUAAGGCGGACUCGGGCUACAAGUCGGACCACAUACGACUGUUUUGUGAUCUUCCUUCACGAGCAUUUGGACGACGGACGCUUGUGACUCCACCCUUGCCCCCGCCCAUCGUCUUUGACUACGAUAAAAAUGCUGUUUCAACCACUUUACUACAACAUUCAGUGAAUAAGGUCACUCCACAAUCUCCCACCACCUUCGAGACACCCUCCUCCAACCCUCAUUCGGAGCUGUCUUUCCCUGCAUCAGAUAAUUCUGUCAUGGAUAAGCUUUCUGAGGUUCUUUCAAGUCGACGAGCACACUUGAGAAGCAAUUGGGAUUAUGCGAAAAGUAAUUACACAGAAGACGAUGAAGAACCAGAUGCCGAUGACGACGAAGACGACGUAGACGAAGACGACUUUAUGGAGGUCUCGGACGCCAUCAGCGGGAAGGGGACGGCGUUUUUAACAAGCUCGAUCGCAAUGCCCACGACGCCGAUCGCUGAGACGUCUAUGACUACCAGCAGCUCUGGCAAGCGCUCAACAACCACCACCGGCACCGACGGUGAGGGCGGGAACUUCAGUGAUGAAGGUCUUUCCACCGUGAGGCGGGUCGUUCAACCCAAGGAAACCGAGUUCCCCCCCUGUCCUGGCACCUCAAAUUCGUCUUUCCCUGUUGCUCAGACUUCAAAGGCUCUGGAACCACUCAUCUCAUUUGCUGAUGUCACCCAAAAGAAUUCUCAAUUUCCAGACUGGGCGUCUUUUCAACAUCGUCAAUCUGCUUUUGCCGAUCGUCAGCGUGUUUGCACUCCCCCAAUAAGCAGUGUUCGGAGAACCAUUCCGGAGGAGAGAGAAGACGGUAAACUGGAGGCAAACCAGGGCAAUCUUGCGUGCAGUCAACCACUAGUUAAGGCGAAGGCCAAGUCUUUCGUUCCUGGCGUCUUUGGCCCAUCGCAGAAGACAAUCCAAGCGCUAGGAGACGAGGAGACAGAGGAAGAAGCUGAAGCUGAGGAGGACUAUCCCAUGCUUAGACUGGACUAUCGCCUUAAAGGAGAUGGUCAACAUGUGGACAUGAUGGUAAAAAGCCCCCCAAAGUCGAACCCAGUAUCACCACUACCAGCAGCAGAUGAGCCCCAUCAGUCCACUCGACCAUCGCAUCGAGGUUUGACCACCCCGGCUGUCCUACAGUGGUUGGAAUCGACCCAGGCCGCAACCCAAGCCGAGGGAGGGGGCAUUUCACCCUUCACAACGCCCUCCAGCAUCAUCUCGGGCUCAAGUUCAGUUGCGCACACCUCGACUGUGGGCUGCGAGGACGAGACCAUAUCAGCUAGUCAGCACGACCUUGUCAGUCGCGUCAUUCGACGAAAUGUCCGAGAGGCCUCAAAGGACCUUCGUCGGGGCUUUUUUCUUGCUGGCUACCAGUCUGAACCUUUGACUAUCCGAUUUACAAACACAAUGCCAGGAGAGAACUUGGGCAUUCAAAUUAAACCUAUCUUUGCUGAACCGUCAGAGAUUAUGUCCUUUGCGGGAGAGAUGCCUCUACAUCCGAACGCGAAUGGCAAAUGGCAAGUUGGAGCUGACGAAGCGGGACUUGAAGUACAUGCCAUUAUGCCGAAUGGUCGAGUAGCACGUGAGGGGCUCUUAUCGGUUGGUGACCGAAUUUUGAGCAUAAACGACACCUCCCUCAUUGGAGUUCCUUUUGAUAAGGGUAGAGACAUCUUCCAAGAAGCGCUGAAGAAUCACGAGCUGGCGCUCCAGGUACUUCCCUACACAGGCAAAAUCACUCGCAGUGUCUCUACGGCCAACUACCCGAGUCGCUGUCCAACUCCACCUGUCCUUCCCACACGUGAGGUUGGUGCAGUCGUAACAGACGGUGAGAAGCCCACAUGUGGCCUCGUGAUGGUGGUCGAUCACUCGGGGAAGGCAAAGGAGGUUGCCACCUCAAAACCGGGUCCACCACCCCCGCCUAGACGCUCACCGCACACUGCACUGUCACAACAACAGCAACAGACGGAUGAAAUACAUGCAAAAGUCACACCUGUUCUCCCUCUGGGACAAAAGCAGGAAGUUGCGCAACCACGAGUUUUAACUUCCGGUCCAGAGACAAAAACCGUCCGUCUGAGAAAGGGAGCUUCUGGUUUGGGGUUCAGUUUGACCAGUCGAGAUCAACAUCAAAGGAAGCCGAACUGCCUGGUUUUCAUCAAAAACAUCCUGCCUGGUGGGGCCGCUCUUUUGGACGGCAACUUGAAGCCUGGUGAUCGCCUCCUUAUGGUGCACUUCGGUCGCUGCCGCCACACAACUGACUGCGAGGCCUGGUUGGUUGGACAGGUGAAAUUCGUACAUAAUUUACUGACCGAAGUGCCACACAUUUUCGUUAAGAAUGGACGUUUUUCUCAAAGUGGGAUUGUCUGUGAGCAGAUAUGGAGCGUUCGUCAAGACGCUGAUGAUGCAGAUGACAACACACUUGUUGACGAUAAGGAUGUUUCUGAGUUGGGCCAAACGACAACUGUGGCACUCCUAAGGGAGAAACCGAUUGGGAGCCUGGUCACCCUUGUGGUCUCGUCUGGUCCUCACCAUCAGGAGCUGAACUGUUCCUCCACCAAAAACAGUGACGAGACACAUAGCGAUAGAAUUAGUUCGUCACAAAUCGAAGGUAGCAAGGAAGAUUUCCUGAAGUAUUUUGCAGUGGAUCCCACCUUAGUCAAGUUGCAUACCUUUGAAAUCCCAAUCUCCUGCGACUCUAAAAAUGAGGCCACAGAGCAUGCUGGUCCGAAGCCGUCCAACCGCUCCUUCUCCACCCCCGCUUCCUUGCUGGCCUCAGCCUUCACGCUGGGGGUGAGUGUGCGAGUGCGUCCUCUCAAUCCUGACGACUGCUCGCCCACUGUUCUCGAGACUGCCGUGAAGGCCGUCGCCACCACUACCACUGUAACCUCCGCUGACGACGCAUCCAACACCAAAGUCUGCGAGGACUGCAGUAAAAACGGUGUCUUUGUGCGCACCGUCAUUCCUGGGGGCGCCGCACAUAAGGACGGUAGACUGCAAGUGGAGGAUCGGCUGUUAGCAAUUGAUGAUCGUCCCCUGUCUUGUCUAUCAUCCUCUGAUGCACUCCGCUUGCUCAAAACCUCGAUUUCCCGCAUCACUACUGAUAGAGAGCCCUUCGUUCGACUUCUAGUGGCUCGCAGAAUCCGUGACGUCGCUGUAGAGCCACAACUGUUGCAGCUGCCUCAACUAUCUGCCACAGAAGUCUUAUCCAGGCGUCAUGGUAGCCCACCAAAACUGAGGCGAGGCGAGGGUGCGAACUCAGGAUCAUUGGACAGUCUGCUCGUUGAUGCAGCGAACCGUGUAAAUUCGUUUGUGGUGUCGGCGAACGUUCAUCAGACGGCCCAAGGUGAAGCUCCUCAGCCCUCUACCUCCACGAAUGGGACUCGACAACAAUCCAGUGCUUUCAAAAAUAAUCAAGAGACGUUAUUUGGUAAAAAGCAGUUCAACCAAUCCAACUCCCUUCGAAAAUACUCCUCUCUCGAGGCAUUGAGAAGCCCUAAAUUGCUACCCGAAGCUCCAGCUCAAAUUGACUCUCACGAAUCAUCUGCGAAGGCCGAAACAUCCACACUUGGCGUAAAGCAAGAGCAUCCAGAUUCAGCAAAAACGGACUCUUCAGCUACCUCUGACACAGCUACCUUCGCUACCGCCACUUCAGGUACCUUUGAGUAA